UGAAUAUAAACUACACACACAUAGCGACUAGAGAAAAAAAAUAAAUAAUAAAGUCUACGGUAUUGAAGAGGAUGGCUAGUAGUCGAGAGCAAAGAUGGUCUCUGAAGGGUAUGACUGCUCUUGUCACCGGUGGCACCAGAGGCAUUGGUUAUUCAAUAGUGGAGGAAUUAGCAGGAUUCGGUGCAUCUAUACAUACGUGUUCUAGAAAUGCAAAAGAGAUCAAUGAAAGGCUGGAAGAAUGGAAAGCCAAAGGGUAUGUUGUUACUGGUUCGGUUUGUGAUUUGUCUUCUAAAGAACAAAGGGAGGAACUCAUGAACACGGUCUCUUCCAUUUUUGAUGCCAAACUCAACAUCCUUAUAAACAAUGCUGGAGUUACCCGAAUUAAAGAUGCAACCGAGCACACAACCGAAGAUUACACAUUUAUAAUGGGGACGAACUUUCAAUCUCCAUUUCAUUUGACUCAGCUAGCACACCCACUGCUCAAGUCAUCCGGUGAUGCUAGUGUUGUUUUCAUCUCUUCCGUUUCUGGUGUUACGGCUCUUCCUUCCAUGUCCGUUUAUGCAGCCUCUAAAGGUGCUAUCAAUCAGCUGACCAAGAAUUUGGCUUGUGAGUGGGCAAAAGACAAUAUUCGGACCAAUACUGUCGCUCCAUGGGGUGUCAGAACCACCAUUAUGAACUCCGAGAAGGUUGAUGAAAAAAAUAUUGAAGCAUUAGGGGCACUGAUGGCUCGCACUCCACUUCGGUCAUCUAUGGCAGAACCUGAUGAAAUAUCUCCGUUGGUCGCAUUCCUUUGCCUCCCGGCGGCAUCAUAUAUUACUGGACAAGUUAUUGUUGUGGAUGCUGGAUACACAGCUGGUGGGUUCAAAUCGUAAGCUGAUCAUUAUACUAUCGACAAGCUAGAAAACUACGCCAUAUAUAACAUUACAAGGUUCAAGGAGAAGCUACUAUUGAAUUUGAUAUCCAUAAAACCCAUCGGUAUAUUGUUGUAAUAACAAUGAUACUUGUAGCACCCAAAAUCACAAAACACACAACACGAGAAAUUUGAGUGGAAGCUCAAACCAAAAAACAACAAAGACACGGUAUUAAAAUAAUGAGAAAUU